AUGCUGAUUUUUGCAACAAGACCCUUGAGCUUCAUUAGCUCCUUCCAUUUUCCUCUUCAACAAUUCUGCAACAACACAGUUACUUCAAUGGACUCCUCAAAACCCUUCUCCACAACAAUGGCUGCAGAUCAUUCUUCUUCAAGAGAAUCCCACAAAGUAGUUGUAAGCAAUGGAGAAGCUGCAAUUAGCCUUGAAGAAUGGAGGGGUUGGGGGACUACAUCAACUGUACCUUCCAUGGUUACUCAGGUUGUUGAGGAUUUGAAUAUGUUGGAGAAAAACGUUGAUGCCCAAAUGGUCUUUGGUGGAAAUCAUGGCAAACUUUCGGGUGACUUCAAGGUGCAAGAGGAUAAAAAGCACAGAGCAAAAUAUCAAUCUUUAGGUGAUUCUGAACAGAAACUCCAGUUUUUUUCAGCUCGCCAAAUUGCAUGUCGCGUGCUUGGAAGUAGGGGUUACCUUUGUCAGAAGUGUUGGCUUUGCUCGGGCGAUUGUAUGUGCUCAAAACUCAUAACAUGUCCUCUUUGGAAUCGGAUGCGGUUUUGGUUGUACAUGCACCCAAAGGAUUUUUUGCGACAAAAUAACACAGGGAAGUUGUUGUGGCAAGUAUUUGGUGUCCACGCUGCUAGUUUGUGUCUUUAUGGAAUAACUGAACAUGAGGAUAUGAUGUGGGAUGCACUCAAGCUUGCAGGAAAAGACAAGGUUUGGUGUCUUUAUCCCAACAAGAAUGCACCAACAAAUUCUGUCAAGGAUAGCAUGGCCGGGCUUUCUUUUGCAAAUGUAGAAAACCAUCCUGAGAUGGCAGAUGUAGCCCAUUCCUUGAAUUUUAUUCUAAUUGAUGGGACGUGGAGCAAUUCGGGUGCAAUGUUCAGCCGUUUAAAGGAUCGGUACAAGGUAAUGUGGGGGGAGGAGGAGAUACCUUGCAUAACGCUUAACACAGGAGCAUCCUUAAUGCAUAAACUCAGACCCCAACCAUCAUGGGAUCGUACAUGUACAGCAGCUGCAGCCAUAGGCCUCCUCGAUGAGCUGCAUGACCUUCCAAAUUUUGUUUCCCAUGGAUUGGAUAAUCAGGCCAAAGCACUUGAAGAUGCAGUGGAGGUUUUGUUCGAAGCACUCACAACUCGACGUCUUCGCAUGGGCAGGUCCAUCACCCGAAAAGAAAGACACAAUCAUGACAUCUUUUAACAAUGGGCAGCAGUUGUUUCACCUUUCUGGCAGAUCAAUAUCAGCAUUUUUAAAGGUAAAAAACGCGUCUUUACAAACAUUUCACUGUUGACAGACAAAUGGUGAGGCCCAAGGCAAGAAACUAGGCCACAUAUAUACAGCAGAACAUCAAUCGGACUAACAUGUUGUCAUAGAGAAGUAAUAUGAUUAAUAUGAAUUACAAGUAUGAGAUAGAUCCACAUAAUUUUGGACAAUUUUAAAUUUUCCCAAUUUUUUA